AGUGCACAAUCAAUCGAUGUGUGUAAUGGCUGCUUGAUGGAGUCUGUGAAUGUUGAUGCUCCGUCUCUUCUGCUUUCAGUUUGACCAUAACGUCGAGACGCCUGAGUUAAAAAUGGUCUAUAUUCACCCAGAGACGCAGCCUAAGACGAAAUCUAACAGCGUGAAGUGAUUAACCAACAUUUGAGGUCGAGGCCUUCUUUCGGUGCCCUGCUGGUCAUGGCGAUGAAAGCCCGUGUGGAGGCGGUGCUGAACGUGGGUCUGCGGAUCCCCAGCAUCAUGCUGCUGGAAGUGCUGUACCGCUGGGACGUCAGCUCCUUCUUCCAGAAGAUCCAGAGGAGCAGUCUCAACAAUAACCCUCUCUUCCAGUACAAAUAUAUUGCCCUGUACCUGCAUUAUGUCGGCUACAUCCUCAGUCUGGUUUUGUUGACUUUACCCCGGCAGCAUCUGGUGCAGCUCUACCUCUAUGUGCUCACAGCUCUUCUGCUCUUCGCCGGGCACCAGCUCUCCAGGGAUUACGUACGUGGAGAGCUGGACUCGGGUUACGAGGGACCCCUCUACCUGGAGCCACUUUCCAUGAACCGCUUUACCACAGCACUCAUCGGUCAGGUCGUGGUGUGUACGCUGUGUUCCUGCGUCAUGCAGACCAAACAGAUCUGGCUGUUUUCUGCACACCUGCUCCCCCUGGUGGCUAGACUGUGCCUGGUGCCCCUGGACACCAUCGUCUUCAUCAACCGCUUUGCAAUGAUCUUCACCGGUCUGGAGGUGCUCUACUUCAUCGCCUCCCACCUACUGGUGCCAUACAAUUUGGCCAAAACUGCCUACAGAGAGCUGGUGCAGGUGGUGGAGGUGUAUGGUUUGCUGGCUUUGGGCAUGUCUCUGUGGAAUCAGCUGGUUCUGCCUGUUCUCUUUAUGUGCUUCUGGCUGGUGCUGUUCGCACUACAGAUCUACACCUACUUCAGCACACGGGACCAGCCGCCCUCCAGAGAGAGGCUGCUCUUCCUGUUCCUCACCAGUAUUGCUGAGUGCUGUAGUACUCCGUACUCACUGCUGGGGCUGGUCUUCACGGUGUCUUUUGUGGCGCUGGGCGUCCUCACCCUCUGCAAGUUCUACCUACAGGGUUAUAGAGCUUUCAUGAAUGACAACACCAUGCACAGGGGCAUGACGGAGGGUAUCACUCUGCUGAUCUUGGCUGUUCAGACCGGGCUCAUUGAGCUGCAGGUCAUUCAUAGAGCUUUCCUCCUCAGCAUCAUCCUCUUCGUCGUGGUGGCUUCCAUCCUGCAGUCAAUGCUGGAGAUCGCUGACCCCAUAGUUCUGGCACUGGGGGCCUCCAGAGACAAGAGUCUGUGGAAGCACUUCCGAGCAGUGAGUCUGUGUCUUUUCCUGCUGGUCUUUCCUGCGUACAUGGCUUACAUGAUCUGCCAGUUCUUCCGCAUGGACUUCUGGCUUCUCAUAAUCAUCUCCUCCAGUAUUCUAACAUCACUGCAGGUUCUUGGCACCCUUCUGAUCUACAUCCUCUUCAUGGUGGAGGAGUUUCGUAAGGCUCCUGUUGAGAACAUGGAUGAAGUCAUCUACUGUGUCAAUGGGACCUACCGGCUCCUGGAGUUCCUGGUGGCUGUCUGCGUGGUGGCCUAUGGUGUUUCAGAGACCCUGUUUGGAGAAUGGACUGUAAUGGGCUCCACCAUCAUCCUGAUUCACUCCUACUAUAACGUGUGGCUAAGGGCCCAGCUGGGCUGGCAAAGCUUCCUGUUGCGCAGAGAUGCAGUUCACAAGAUCCAAAGCAUGCCCACUGCUUCCACAUUACAACUCCAGCAACAUAAUGACAUCUGUUCCAUCUGCUUUCAGGAUAUGAAGUCUGCUGUCAUCACGCCAUGCAGCCACUUUUUCCACGCUGCCUGCUUAAAGAAGUGGCUGUACGUGCAAGAAACGUGUCCUCUGUGCCACGGGCAGCUCAAGAGCCAAUUGCAGCCAGCUAGCUCUCCAGGUGCCACCACUCAAGAAAUGCCACCAGCCAAUCAGAACCCAGCGGAGGUGGAACAGGAGCAGGGUGAACCGCCGGUUGAGUUGCGCACAGAGGAAGGCACCCAAGCAGAGACAGAGCUUGGAACGGACUUGCUAUCAGAGAGAUCAAAAAUCCAGCCUAAAGAAUGUGAUUUAGAGGCCAAGGGCAGAGCCGAGCCGGCUGGUGAUUUGAAUGAUGGUUUGUGCAGCAUGUCACAUGUUCAUUCCUCUUCAUGAGCAAAUGCCAAGCCAACCUUCAAUGCUUAUCAGCCUGCUUAGGUGUCGCCAAAAUAGUUAAAGUGAUGGUUUACCUUUUUUAAAAUAUAAAAGUUCUGUCAUCAUUUACUCACACUCUUGACUUUCCAAACCUUUUUUGUGGAACACAAAAGGAGAUAUUUAGAAAUUAGUUCCAGCUGCUCUUUUCCAUAUAAUGUAAAGGGGACAAAGGCUGCUGAAUGACAGCUUGUUUCCACCAUAGAAUAAAAAAAUAGUUGCCAGUAUUUAUCUGAAAUCUUUUAUUUUAUCACAAUUCUUUGAAAAUAAAAAAAUGCUGAAUUGCAAAAUAUUAAUGCUGAAUUAAAGCCUUUUGCAUGCUAAACUUCUCCUUUUGUGUUCCACAAAAGAACAUUGUAUGAAUUUGAAAUUGCACGAGUAAAGGAUGAUACAAUUUAGACUUUUGGAAUGAACUGUCCCUUUAAGCUGGUCACAUGACUCUCAGCUCAUGAAUGCAUUUCAUAUGAUCUGUUCACAUUGUUGCUGAUCAAAAAACAUUUCAGAAUACUGGCCUACCGAGACAAAACAACUACAGAUUUAGUUUGUGUUAAAAUUGAGUAACUAGAAUAGGCUCCUCCUAAUAUCUACUGUGACCGAUGGAUUUGGCACAACUAAGCUUAGAUUCGGAAAAGCUAAAGUGUAACAAUUCAAUCAAGAAACAUUUUUCUGUUUGAGUGCUGGUGCAGGUACAGCGUUUUGCCUUUGUAGGACAGAAUGGUUUUCAGUAUGUGUCCAUUUGACUGAAAAUGUACGUCAUCUGUAUGAAGGUAAUGGAUGAUUCAUAAUUCUUACGCUAUACUAAUUUGUGGGAGUGUGUGUAUAAAUGUUUUGGAAGUGCAUCCCAAAUGCGCCGCUGUAGAAUCCAGACCCCUGCAAAGUCAAACUGAGGAAUGUUAUUUAAAGUGUCAUCGAGCCAGUUCAUUUAUAUUUUAUCACAGCGAGACUCUCCAUAUUUACCCCAGUUUUAAAGGGAAGUUCGAAGCUAUAUGGCUUUUUUCAUAUAUAUUUUUUGUCCCUCUUUACCAUGUGUCAGAAUUAAUGUUAAACCAUCACUGCGGAAAAAGUUAAGUUGUCAAAUUGGCAGUUGACUUGAUUCCUGGAAGCAAGCAUUUUCAAAAAGUAUAUUGCAGACUAUAUAGACCAAACCUGUUUUCUGGUUUUAAUGAACGUAUAGUGAGUAGACAAUCAAUUCAAUACAUUUUCUUUUUUUUUUUUCAUUCAGCAGAUGUUCCAUUAAGGCCAUCUUAAGUUUGGCCACGGUAAAACUGGCAUGUUUCUUACAGUGUGUGAUGUUUAGGGUUGAAUCUCAAAAUCAAGUCGUAUUUCAGUUGUUUUGUUGUUGUUGUUUUGAAGGUUUGAGAUUCACCUCAAUAUUGGCUCUUGACUUAGCAGUUUAUAUCAUCUUUUAUUUCAUUUACACUUUAUUUAGUCAUUAUGGACUUAUUUUUGCCAUUAUUUGGGUCAGGAACACGCUCAAUUUUUUUUGCCAGGGAUUUCAUGCCAUACUGUGUGUUUGCACUAAUGUCAUUUAUAGCGAAUAAUAUUUUGUCUUGUUGGGCAGCAAAUGCUUACAGAGCAGAUGAAGUAUAGCUCAUUAUAAAUGUGUACAUAAUAUAUGGGCAAAUAUAUUCCUUUGUAUAAUCUUUUAUCAUGUUUUUGAUAUGCCGCACAGUGUUAAAUCAGCAGUGUUAAACCACAUAAUGAAGUGUCUUGAGGAUCGUGUGAACGCUCUGUAAAGUGGGAUUGAUCCUGAGGAUGCAGAAAUGUUUGGUUUUGCUGAUUUUUAAAAGAUGCAUUUCAGAAUGGCAAAUUUGUGUCCAUGAAUACAUCUGAUGUAUGAGCAAACACAAAUGACAUUCAGAACUUUCAAGUAGUUCUUGCACAAUUUUCUUGAAAGAAAAUAAAGUGGGAAUGUAGAUUGAAAGAA